AUGCCUCCCCGCAAGCCCCGUUGCAACUUCAAGGAGUGCAAGGAAGCCGCCCAGCGCAUCGUCGGCGACUGCAGCUUCUGCGCUGGCCACUUUUGCUCUAAACAUCGCAUGCUGGAAGCACACUCCUGCAGCGGGUUGGAGGACUGCAAGAAGGAGAGUCAUGCUCGUAACGCUGAUAAGCUGAACAGCGAGCGGACUGUUGUUGUGAAGGGCAUGGGGCUAUCUCCCCGUCUCCACCCCAUCCUCAUCUCCAACUCCGUCACCGCAGGUGUCGCCUCGCCUUCUUGCCUUUUUUUCCCCGUUUCGUCUCUCGCAGUGAUCUCGGAUUUAGCGCGGUGUUUCGUUCUACUUGAUCUUGGAUUUCUUGGAGAUGAGUUGUUCUGGUUUGGUUUGAUCUAUAUCUAG